UGUCGUGCCUGUCAUUCGACCCCCUUCUCCUGUGGCCGGUCUGUGCUCUCGGGGCGGCCCGCAGUGUACAGCUUGCCGGCCGUUGUCCCCGUACAACAACAACAACAGCAAGCCAGAGCACCGGCCGGGGGAGGGGGACACCAUGAACAGCACCGACAGCCUGAGCAACAGCGGAGACUAUCUCAUCUGCACCAACUGCCACAAAGUGCUCAGAAAGGAUAAGAAAAUCAUAAUCUCUCAACCAUCAAGAGGACCAAGUGCCUUUAUACCUGAAAAAGAGUUUGGCCAAACCAAUGAUGUGGUUACGCUCAUUAACCGGUUGGUGGAAGAGUACAGCACGUCCGGCCGCCUGGAUAACAUCACGCGAGUCAUGAGCCUCCACCCGCAAUAUCUGGAAUCCUUCCUGCGCACGCAGUUCUAUAUGCUACGUAUGGACGGACCCCUGCCUUAUCAUUACAGACACUACAUUGCUAUUAUGGCUGCGGCACGACAUCAGUGUGUGUACUUGAUAAAUAUGCACGUGGAUGAGUUCUUAACCACAGGAGGAUCAUCAGAAUGGCUGAACGGCUUAGAGUAUGUGCCACAAAGGCUGAAAAACCUUAACGAAAUCAACAAGCUUCUUGCACAUAGGCCAUGGUUAAUCACAAAAGAGCACAUACAGAAACUGGUGAAGACGGGAGAGAACAAUUGGUCGCUGGCUGAGCUGGUGCAUGCCGUGGUACUGCUGGCUCACUACCACGCAUUGGCAAGUUUUGUAUUAGGCAGUGGCAUCAACCCCGAGAGAGACGCCGAACCUUCCAACGGGCUCCACUUAGUGAUGAAAAACAAGUUCUGCGUUUGUGAUCUUGCCAACGAUAACAGUAUAGAGAGCACAAGCCUGACAAGUAAUAGCACCGAGAAUGCUCACUAUGAAAGUGAACUAGAAGCUUUGAUGGAGAGAAUGAAAAAACUUCAAGAAGAAAGAGAAGAAGAAGAGGCAUCGCAGGAAGAGAUGGCCACACGUUUUGAGAAAGAAAAGAAGGAAAGUCUGUUGGUUAUCUCUGGAGCAUUUGACAAUGACGUGGUUUCAAUGUCCAACGCCUCCCGCUAUAUUGAAGACCCUGGAUUCGGAUAUAAAGAUUUUGCAAGGAGGGGAGAGGAACAUCUGCCUACAUUCCGAGCACAUGACUACUCUUGGGAAGAUCAUGGAUUCUCACUGGUAAACAGGCUUUAUUCUGACAUCGGCCACCUUCUGGAUGACAAGUUCCGGAUGGUCUACAAUCUCACCUACAACACCAUGGCCACUCACGAAGACGUCGACACCACCAUGUUAAGAAGAGCCUUGUUUAACUAUGUCCACUGUAUGUUUGGAAUCCGGUACGAUGACUAUGAUUAUGGGGAAGUUAAUCAAUUACUUGAGAGAAGCCUUAAGGUUUACAUCAAAACUGUGACCUGUUACCCCGAGCGAGCCACAAAACGCAUGUAUGACAGCUACUGGCGUCAGUUCAAGCACUCUGAAAAGGUCCACGUCAACCUGCUCCUGAUGGAGGCCCGCAUGCAGGCCGAACUCCUCUACGCUCUGCGAGCAAUCACCCGGCACUUGACCUGAAGUUCGGAACAUCACCCAGGACAUACCAGCAACUCCACCAUUCACCAAGAGAGGCCCCCUGUCAUGUAGCAUCCAGCAUAUGCAUUUGUCGUGUCAGUGCUGGCCCACUCAAUGUGGCAGUAAUGUGCAAUCAUCUGUGUUCUAUUUUUUACGAUGCUUUAUCUUUACUAAUGUUAGCAAAACGGCACUACUAUAAAAUAUUUUCUUUUUUUAUAUAUAUAUUUUGGCAGUAACUAAUCCCCACUGCUUUCCAGAGAGUUUUGUUUAGACACGGGAUUUAUUUUGUUGAAUUUUUUUUUUCUUUUCUUUUGUACAUAGAUAUGUAAAUGUAGCAAUUCUGGUUUGCCUUGUUCAGUUAAGUGUAGUGCUUUGUUUAUAUAAGAGAGGAAAAAAAAA